CUUUCCCCCUCCCGAACAUACUCAGCAUCAUCCAAGAUCUUGCUUUUGCUUUGGCAACAAUAUCUUUCUCAUCAACACAGUCGCCGCUACAAUGGAUAGACCAGGAGCAGCACCAGACUCCUCCACCCCGGCUGAAGAGCAGGCCGACAUUCUAGACAUCUUUGGCUACCGUGAAGUCGUCCCCGAAUGGACUGACGACCCCAGAGCUUUUGAAGGAUGGUUUCUCCCCGGUACUGGGGAAUGGUACAUGGCACGCAGCUAUGGGAUUACCGACCCUACGCUGGUCCUUAUAGGGACUAAUAAUAGUGGAGAGAUGGGCUAUAUUAUUACAGCUAAUGGACGGUACUAUUGCGGAGAUCUUUUAGUCGACUAUAUCUUCGAGAUAACGGCACCGAAGACAUGGCCAGAUAUCCUGGACGUUAUGAGGGCGAAGGGUAUAAUGGGGCUGAAGAUGAAGGAGCUUAAGCCUGUUGAGCUGCCUGAUGAUGAUGAUCUACCAGCGCCGAGGGUCUGAGAAGGGGAUGGUGUGUUUGUUUCUGUCGGCCAGGACGCUCCUGCUAAAAGCAGACAAGAUGAAUGAGGCCCGUUUAGGAAAUAUACG